AUGUCCUCGGGGGGCAGUGGUCCGGUCUCUAGCUCGCCGUCAGCCUCGUCUUCAACUUCGUCACCACCAGUUCAUGGGAACAUGGACAGUUUGAUGGCGGAUGGGGUUGUUACCAAAAUUGAGGAGCUAGACAAUGACGACGAGUUGAGGAAUGUUCCCCCGCUACCGUCACCAUCCACAGAAUCCGGGGAGCCGUCAAAACGAGGGAGAGGUCGACCACGGAAGCAUCCGCUUCCGCCAAUCGGGACGCAGACAAAGAUUACCAAGGGCAGGUCGAAAACAGGCUGUAUUACUUGCAGAAGGAGGAAGAAGAAAUGUGACGAGACGAAACCAGAAUGCAACAACUGCAUCAAAAACGCAGUUGUCUGUGAAGGGUAUCCAGAAAAGACCGUCUGGCAAAGCGGCCGCCAGAAGGCAGAGGGCAGGAGUUUUAAUCCCAGUGCCGCGCUUGCCCGGUUUGCGGAUCUUCCGUGUUUAAUUGACGGCGUGGAGACUCGAAUAGACAGGGCUCUGCUUGAUCACUUCGUCCGUAACGUUAGCCGCAUCCUCACACUCUUCAACGAUGCCACCAAUCCGUUCCAAGAGAUGCUGCUUCCCCUGGCACUCGAGAAUCGUGGCUUGAUGCACUCGCUAUUGUGCCUAUCUGGGUCCCAUCUGUCCAAUACAGAUCCAUCAUUCAGCGUAGCCCAGCAUCACCAUUUUGGAAAGGCCAUGCAAUAUCUGCGGUGCGAUCCAGCUGUUACAGGACAGAUUCCAAUUGCAGGUGACCCGACCAUCGCCACGACACUUAUACUCUGUUUGAACUCCAUAUGCAAGGGAGAGACUGAGGGCGAAUAUAGACCUCACCUGGACGCGGCCAGGCAUAUGUUGGCUUUUGCGAAUUCUGGAAACAGGAAUAACAACCCCUCCUUCAGCAACUUUCUGUACGAGUUUUUCAUGUACCACGACGUGAUAAACUCAGUGACAACACUUGACAGACGACCGCUUUUGCUAAUGGAAAACUACACCCUUCCUGCUUUUAUCAUCCAACCGGAAGCCGGGGCUCUUCUGGGUGUCCUCGAUGGCCUGUUUGGGUACUUAUCGAAGAUUACUUUACUCAGAGAUCACAUCAGGGGAAGGAAGAAUAGGGGUGAUCAUCCUGCGGUUGACUACGAGGUGCUCUCACAAGCUGUUGCAAUUGACUCUGAGAUUCGCGACUGGGUUCCAGCCCAAACUCCUGCGUCUCAUCGAUACAUUGCCGCACAGCUCUACCGCCAGUCUACAUGGGUCUACUUGUACCGGACCAUCAUGCCAUCCACUGCAAGCCCCAAGAUUGAUGUUGCAGUUGAGGAAGGUCUCGAGUAUCUUAGGCACUUGCCCGAGAAUUCUGGAACACAGAGCAUUCUACUGAUGCCCCUCUUCAUUCUCGGCUGCGCGGCUUUCAACCCCGAGCAGCGGCCAGAAAUCUCGCGGCGGUUUGUCGGAUUACACGAGUACUCGGGACUGGGGAAUAUUGUUACUGCACAUGAGGUUGUGAAGAAAGUAUGGGAUCUAAUGGAUUCGGGAGAGGAGGAGAAGAGUUGGGAUUGGGAGAAGAUAAUUCAAGAGAUGGGAUACGACUUUUUGGUUACGUGA